GGAAAAUUGGAGAAGCUAAUGAGGAGCCGUUACGAAGGAUACACUUCUUUAUUACUAAGGUUACCUCUUUCGAAGUCGCGCCUCUUUCGGACAAAAAUAUUGACAGAGAAAGUUUAACAUAAAUAAAAUCUACCAUGAGUUGUAUUAACAGAUCAGUCGAUGAUGUGAAAAAGCUGAUACACCAUGCAAAGUUAACAAACGAAGAACUUCUGCCAGUCACGCAGACCUUGGAAUUCACAAAAGAUUUUGGAGAGAAUCAAAGUAAAACUCUCCUGUUUGAAGUAAAUUCGGAACUUCUCGAGACCUUGAAGAAGGGAGACAGAUUAAUCCUUAGAGGGGAUGCAGAAGCUGGAGCAGUUUUGUGUACCAAAAAUAAAACAUAUGAGGUACGAGAAGCAGAAACUUCAAAUUCACUCGUGCUUCUCCCAGAAUUUUCCUUUCCCGGUGGGAUGCCUGUGGAUGGUGAACGCAGUCUAAUUAACCGUCAGGUGCAUGGAAUUCACUACACCUACUUGGAAGUCAGGCCAUGCAAACCGCGUCUGCAGAAACUACGCCAGUUGCUGAGUGAGAGACCAUUUAAUGGCCUUGAGAACAAUGACCAGGAAAUGGAAGGUGAAAGGUAUUGUUUAAACGACCUUUUAGACCGAGUGCAGUGCAGCGAAGAGGAACUAGAUCAGGCAUUACAAGAUGUUGAAGCAUAUCAUUGUUCAUUUACAGGCUUUUGGCAAAUUCUGGACUUCGAUUACCGUUUUAAAAUUGUGUCCGAUAUCCUGAACUUGAUUGAAACAAACAAAUGGCCGCUCGAUAGUAUCCCUCGAAUAGCAACUAUACGGGUCCUCAGCGAAACGGAACCACGUGCCGUCAUUUCUCAGUGCUUCGAGUAUUACCUUAAACCAGUGGGAAAAAUAACUGAUGAAGGUGACGAGCUGUACACUUUGAAUGACGACAAAAUUUGUCGAUUGUGUGCCGAAGUUCUCCUGAAACCAGCGGGCAAAUUUAAUCUAAGUGAAUUUCUUACCAUAUGGCAGCAGAGUGUACCUGAAGUGUUGGAGAUAGGGGCAUCCCUAUGUAUUCUCAUGGAAAAGUUUGAGGUUUCCAGUGAUAGAGUGUCAAGUGGUGUGUUAGUGGAGGAGGUGGUUUCCCGUCCCAUCUGCGCUCCUAGAUAA